AAGAUGGCGGCUCCCACAAUUGUGGUCUGAGCGCCGGCAGGGCUGGGACGACCGCGGCGCUUGUGGCUCCUUUCCACCCGCCCCGGAAGCCGGCCAGUGAAGGGGACUUGGGGGUGUGGGAACCGGGCCGGGGCUCCGCCAUUUCCGGCGGGGGAGGGCUACGACUGAGGAAGGGAGGAGAGAGAGGCGGCUCAAGAUGGCGGCUCCCACGGCCUCCCUCCCGAGCCUGUAAGUGGGAGCGCCGGGGCAGGUUGUCAGGGCGCCGAAACACGGCGGCCUCCAGCUUCUCAGGCUUAGACGCUCGACAGUUUCAGGAGGCGUUUGAAGAGACGGGGUGAGCGAGAAGAUCGGGAAGAACUGGAGGGACGGAGGAUAGUUAAGAUGGCGGCCUCCAUGGAGUCCACCGCUGUGUGAGAAACCGCUUCUUCGUGAGAACUGGCUUAGACUAAAGGGGGUGUGUGAGAGGACUCGGGGAGCCCCCGCUUCCCGCUUGGAGACUUUGUUCCAGCGCGCCUUUGGACGCAACUAUGGCUUCGGCCGUGUCGCCCGCUAACUUGCCGGCGGUGCUCUUGCAGCCCCGCUGGAAGCGAGUGGUGGGCUGGUCGGGGCCGGUACCUCGGCCCCGCCACGGCCACCGCGCAGUGGCCAUCAAGGAACUUAUCGUGGUGUUCGGCGGCGGCAACGAGGGGAUCGUGGACGAACUGCACGUGUACAACACGGCAACCAACCAGUGGUUCAUCCCGGCAGUGAGAGGGGACAUUCCCCCCGGGUGUGCAGCCUAUGGCUUUGUGUGUGACGGGACACGCUUACUGGUGUUUGGUGGGAUGGUGGAGUACGGCAAGUACAGCAACGACCUCUAUGAGCUCCAGGCCAGUCGGUGGGAGUGGAAGAGACUCAAAGCUAAGACACCUAAAAAUGGGCCACCUCCGUGUCCUCGGCUCGGCCACAGCUUCUCCCUCGUGGGCAACAAAUGCUACCUGUUUGGGGGUCUGGCCAAUGACAGCGAGGACCCUAAGAACAACAUUCCAAGGUACCUGAAUGACUUAUACAUCCUGGAAUUGCGACCCGGCUCUGGAGUGGUUGCCUGGGACAUCCCCAUCACUUAUGGGGUCCUGCCCCCACCCCGGGAGUCACAUACUGCUGUGGUCUACACUGAGAAAGACAACAAGAAAUCCAAGCUGGUGAUCUAUGGAGGAAUGAGUGGUUGCAGGCUGGGGGACCUCUGGACCCUCGAUAUUGAGACGCUGACGUGGAACAAGCCUAGCCUCAGUGGAGUGGCACCGCUGCCUCGGAGCCUGCACUCAGCCACAACCAUAGGCAACAAAAUGUACGUGUUUGGAGGCUGGGUGCCUCUCGUCAUGGAUGAUGUCAAAGUGGCCACCCAUGAGAAAGAGUGGAAGUGUACCAACACGCUGGCGUGUCUCAACCUGGACACCAUGGCCUGGGAGAGCAUCCUAAUGGACACACUGGAGGACAACAUUCCCCGGGCUCGAGCCGGGCACUGUGCUGUAGCCAUCAACACACGCUUGUACAUCUGGAGUGGGCGGGAUGGCUAUCGGAAAGCCUGGAACAACCAGGUCUGCUGCAAGGAUCUCUGGUACUUGGAAACAGAAAAACCGCCACCCCCGUCCCGGGUCCAGCUGGUGCGUGCCAACACCACCUCCUUGGAGGUGAGCUGGGGGGCCGUGGCCACGGCCGACAGUUAUCUUCUUCAGCUCCAGAAAUACGACAUUCCUGCCACUGCUGCCACUGCUACCUCCCCCACCCCAAAUCCCGUCCCGUCUGUGCCUGCCAACCCUCCCAAGAGUCCUGCCCCCGCCGCUGCGGCCCCUGCCGUACAGCCACUGACACAGGUGGGCAUCACGCUGCUGCCUCAGGCUACUGCCGCACCCCCGACCACCACCACCAUCCAGGUCGUGCCGACUGUGCCCACUGCAGCGAGGACUCAAGGUGUCCCUGCUGUUCUCAAAGUAACUGGGCCUCAGGCCACCACAGGAACCCCACUGGUCACUAUGAGACCUGCCAGUCAGGCCGGGAAAACCCCAGUCACUGUGACCUCCCUGCCCGCGGGUGUGCGAAUGGUCGUGCCCACACAGAGCGCCCAGGGGACGGUAAUCGGCAGCAACCCGCAAAUGAGUGGAAUGGCAGCUUUGGCGGCGGCGGCUGCUGCCACCCAAAAGAUCCCCCCGUCCUCAGCGCCCACGGUGCUCAGUGUCCCUGCUGGCACCACCAUUGUCAAGACUGUGGCUGUGACUCCUGGGACUACCACUUUGCCGGCCACCGUGAAAGUGGCCUCCUCGCCUGUCAUGGUGAGCAACCCUGCCACCCGCAUGCUGAAGACUGCCGCCGCACAGGUGGGCACGUCUGUGUCCUCAGCUGCCAACACGGCCACCCGCCCCAUCAUCACUGUGCACAAAUCAGGAACUGUGACUGUGGCCCAGCAAGCACAGGUGGUGACCACAGUGGUGGGCGGCGUGACCAAGACCAUCACCCUAGUGAAGAGCCCCAUCUCGGUCCCAGGAGGCAGUGCUCUCAUUUCCAACCUUGGCAAAGUGAUGUCAGUGGUCCAGACAAAACCCGUUCAGACCUCUGCGGUCACAGGCCAGGCCUCUACGGGCCCGGUGACACAAAUCAUUCAGACCAAAGGCCCUCUGCCAGCUGGGACCAUCCUGAAGCUGGUGACCUCUGCAGAUGGCAAGCCCACCACCAUCAUUACGACCACCCAAGCUAGUGGGGCGGGCAGCAAGCCGACCAUCCUGGGCAUCAGUAGUGUGUCUCCCAGCACCACCAAGCCCGGCACCACCACCAUCAUUAAGACCAUCCCCAUGUCAGCCAUCAUUACCCAGGCCGGUGCCACAGGUGUGACCAGUACUCCUGGAAUCAAGUCCCCCAUCACCAUCAUCACCACCAAAGUGAUGACUUCGGGGACUGGAGCCCCUGCUAAGAUCAUCACAGCUGUCCCUAAGAUCGCCACUGGCCAUGGUCAGCAAGGAGUGACCCAGGUGGUGCUGAAGGGGGCCCCCGGACAACCAGGCACCAUCCUCCGUACUGUACCCAUGGGUGGCGUCCGCUUGGUCACCCCAGUUACCGUCUCUGCCGUCAAGCCAGCGGUCACCACAUUGGUUGUGAAGGGCACCACAGGUGUUACCACCCUUGGCACUGUGACGGGCACAGUCUCGACCAGCCUGGCUGGGGCUGGUGGGCACAGCACCAGUGCCUCACUGGCCACACCCAUCACCACCUUGGGGACCAUCGCCACCCUGUCCAGCCAGGUUAUCAAUCCCACAGCUAUCACUGUCUCCGCUGCUCAGACCACGCUGACCGCUGCUGGUGGCCUCACCACCCCCACCAUCACCAUGCAGCCUGUCUCCCAGCCUACCCAGGUGACUCUGAUCACAGCACCUAGCGGGGUCGAGGCCCAGCCAGUGCACGAUCUGCCUGUGUCCAUUCUGGCCUCGCCAACGACAGAGCAGCCCACAGCUACUGUGACAAUUGCUGACUCAGGCCAGGGCGAUGUGCAGCCUGGCACCGUGACACUGGUCUGCUCCAACCCGCCCUGUGAGACCCAUGAGACGGGUACCACCAACACGGCCACCACCACAGUUGUGGCCAAUCUGGGACAUACCCAGGCCCCCCAGGUUCAGUUCGUCUGUGACAGGCAGGAGGCAGGUGCCCCACUUGUGAGCUCUGCCGUCGGGCAACAGAAUGGCAGUGUAGUCCGAGUCUGCUCUAACCCGCCCUGUGAGACCCACGAGACGGGGACCACCAAUACUGCCACAACGGGGACCACCAGCACCGCUACCACCGCCACCUCCACCAUGUCUGGGCAGCCUGAGUGCUCGAACCCGCCCUGCGAGACCCACGAGACGGGCAUCACCAGCACCGCUACCACUGCCAUGGCCAGUAUUGGCUCGGGACAGCCUGCAGCUGGGAACCAGCAGCGAGAGGUGCACCCCACCUGUGCCGCCGGCACCUCUGCUGUGGGCCGGGUUGCUGUCGGCGCUGCACUGGCUGAGGGAUCCCUUAGCUCAGGCAAGCCCCCCCCAUGCCAUACCCGCCAGACCAGCUCCACCCGUACCACCAUGACUGUGAGAGCCACCGGGCCACUGUGCGCAGCCCCCAUCAGGGUGUCCGGCCUGCUGCUUGAGGCUGGGAGUGCCGGCUUUGCCCAGCUGGCCCCUCCAAGCUGCAGAGUUGGGCUUGGUGGCACCAGCAACAAGGACAGCCCGGUAGCUGGUUUGGGUCAGCUCGUGCCGUUGGGGCGACAGCCAGAGAUACAGCACACCCACACCACCAACACCCCCACCAUGGCCCGCUCCGCCAUGGGCCCCGGGGAGACCCAGAGCGCCCCCAAGCCUGCGUGUGAGAAGCGCCAGAUGACUAUGGCUGCCCUGGAGGCACUGCUGGGCCCUUUGGCCCCAGGGACCCAGGUCUGCUCCAACCCACCCUGUGAGACCCAUGAGACGGGGACUACCAACACGGCCACCACCUCCAAUGCAGGUGGCCUUCAGCGAGCCUGCGCCAACCCACCCUGCGAGACCCAUGAGACAGGUACCACCCACACAGCCACCACCGCCACCUCCAACAGUGGCUCGGGGCAGCCUGAGGGUGGGCAGCAGCAGGCCCCUGCCAGCUGCCCCUGUGAGACACACCAGACCACCUCCACCGGCACCACCAUGACCGUCAGCGUCGGUGCCCUGCUUCCCGAUGACAGCGCUGCUCGCCGAGACCUGGAGACCAUCUUGGAUCCGGCGGCCCCAAGCCCGGCAGCUUCCCAGGCCAACCCCGCACUGCUGACUCCCUUCCCAACCCAGCGGGUCUGCUCCAACCCGCCCUGUGAGACCCAUGAGACGGGUACCACCCACACAGCUACCACCGUCACCUCCAACAUGAGCUCGAACCAAGACCCCCCCCCAGCUGCCAGCGAUCAGGGUGAGGCAGAGAGCACCCAGAGCGACAGCGGGAACGUCGCCAGCUCCAGCGCUGUCACGACAACCGUGUCCUCCACCCUGACGCGAGCAGUUACCACAGUAACACAGUCCACACCGGUUCCAGGCCCCUCUGUGCCGCCCCCAGAGGAUCUCCAGGUCUCACCCGGGCCUCGCCAGCAGCUCCCCCCGCGUCAGCUCCUGCAGCCAGCUUCCACAGCGCUGCUGGGGGAGCCCGCUGACGCCCUGACGGCCACCCAGGACCCUGAGCUCCAGGCAGCCGUGGACUUGAGCAGUACAGGGGACCCGUCUUCGGGCCAGGAGCCUGCCAGCUCCGCAGUGGUGGCCACCGUGGUAGUCCAACCACCCCCACCUACACAAUCAGAGGUAGACCAGUUGGCCUUGCCCCAAGAGCUGAUGGCCGAGGCCCAGGCAGGCACCACCACCCUUAUGGUGACAGGGCUCACUCCUGAGGAGCUGGCCGUGACUGCUGCAGCGGAAGCUGCUGCCCAGGCUGCGGCCACAGAGGAAGCCCAGGCCCUGGCCAUCCAGGCGGUGCUCCAGGCCGCCCAGCAGGCCGUCAUGGGCACUGGGGAGCCAAUGGACACAUCUGAGGCGGCGACCACUGUGGCCCAGGCAGAGCUAGGCCACCUGUCAGCCGAGGGCCAGGAGGGCCAGCCCACCACCAUCCCCAUUGUGCUAACGCAGCAGGAACUGGCUGCCCUGGUGCAGCAGCAGCAGCUGCAGGAGGCUCAGGCCCAGGCCCAACACCACUUGCCCACCGAGGCCCUGGCCCCUGCUGACAGCCUCAACGACCCCACCAUCGAGAGCAACUGCCUCAAUGAACUGACUGCUGCUGUCCCCAGCACUGUGGCCCUGCUGCCCUCGACCGCCACUGAGAGUUUGGCACCAUCGAACACGUUUGUGGCCCCCCAGCCAGUUGUGGUCGCCAGCCCCGCGAAGCUGCAAGCUGCAGCUACCUUAACGGAAGUAGCCAACGGCAUAGAGACCAUGGGGGGGAAACCUGAUCCCCCACCCCCGCCCAGCAAAGCCCCUGUGAAGAAGGAGAACCAGUGGUUUGACGUGGGGGUUAUUAAGGGCACCAAUGUUAUGGUGACACACUAUUUCCUGCCACCAGAUGACGCUGCUGUCUCCUCUGACGACUGGAGCUCUGCCCCAGACUAUAACCAGCUGAAGAAGCAGGAGCUGCAGCCUGGAACAGCCUACAAGUUCCGGGUGGCUGGAGUCAAUGCCUGUGGCCGGGGUCCCUUCAGUGAAAUUUCCGCCUUCAAGACAUGUCUGCCUGGCUUCCCAGGGGCCCCUUGUGCCAUUAAGAUAAGCAAGAGUCCAGACGGUGCUCACCUCACCUGGGAGCCACCCUCCGUGACUUCUGGCAAGAUCAUCGAAUACUCGGUCUACCUGGCCAUCCAGAGCACACAGGCCAGUGGGGAGCCCAAGAGCGCAGCCCCGGCCCAACUGGCUUUCAUGCGGGUGUACUGUGGGCCCAGCCCCUCCUGCCUGGUGCAAUCCUCCAGCCUGUCCAACGCUCACAUCGAUUACACCACCAAACCUGCCAUCAUCUUCCGAAUUGCCGCCCGCAAUGAAAAGGGCUACGGCCCCGCCACCCAAGUCAGGUGGUUGCAAGAAACCAGUAAAGACGGCUCUGGCACCAAGCCGGCCAGCAAACGGCCCAUGUCCUCUCCGGAAAUGAAAUCCGCUCCAAAGAAAUCGAAGGCAGACGGUCAGUGA